GGACUGCAGCAGAACCUGAAACUCUUUAGGUGUUUAAUCCCCUUCGUGACUGAUGGUAGGAAUCCAGCUGCGGACAGACAGCCCAGGGUGGAUUACUGGCAGUUAAUGACCGCUGACUUGUCUCGUCCGUGAACGCGCGCUCCCCCAGCCUCGGUCAUUGCUCUCUGCGCUCUAUGUGGCUGCAUGGUCGCUCCCUGGGUUCCGAUGCACGCAGCCUUUAUCCGUCUGCAGAGCAUGCAUGUCUGCAUCCUCCAGCCCAGAACUGAAUCGACAGGAACGUUUUUUUUUAAACAUCUUUUUAAAUAAUUCUCAUUGUUGCGCGCAGCUGUUUUGGCCACAGCCAGGCAGGCACUGCCUCCAAAUGGAUUGCUCCGUCUGAUCUCAGCAACACGGUGAUAUGUUGAACUGGAGGCUCCGAGUCAGCCAUCAGUUCCCAGGCAGGACAAAGAAAACUAUUCAAUAAACAUUUGUAUGCUGCACAGCCCGGUGGCUCCAAACCAGGAUCGUAGGGGGAGAGAAAAAAGUUGGAAGUUGAAGAAGGGAUGGUUAUGCAUUGAGUUCCGCACAGAGCCGAGAACAGGCCUACAGGAGAGGGUUCAGAGUAAGGUCGCCCACGUGUAAACAGCAGAUGUCAAAAGCCGCCUUCACACGCCACCACCCUGGGCUCCAGUGAGCUACGCAGUCAAAGGGACUCAUCACGUCUCUGCCGCCCAUCUGCUGCUGCCUUAGCCCCGUAAGCUUAACGCCUGCAGAGACAUUGGCAGUGACAGCUACCUUACGCCUUAAGGAUUCAGGUGACCGAAGCCGUAGCAGAUUCUCCAGAAAGCCUCGCCAGCCCUCUUCCUUUAAACCUUCUCCUCCUUUUUUGCACCGUUUGUUUAAAAAGAUCAGCAUCCUUCAGAGAAGUUGGACAUGGAUCUAAAGGACCAUAAGAACCGCUCUCUGACCGCUAGCCGUUGUGCUAAGGAGUCCCAGUUCAACACGUCCUCACUGGAUGCAGAUGAGCGCCGGGUUCCCACACAGAAAUCCUACAGCUCCAGUGAGACCCUGAAGGCCUUCGAUCAUGAGCAGAGGCUUCACUACGGUGGCUGCAUUACAGACUUGGUGCACCACGAGGCUGAUGAGUACUCCAGGCAAGGCAUCCUGGAGUUCUCUCCUGUCCUUCUUCGAUACCUUAUGUCAGGGGGGAACUUCACCCUGGCUGAGCUGGGAGUUUGCGAACAAACUCCCCCUCCACAUCCCGCUGCUGUUCCCUACUGUCCAGACCUGGGCCUCCUCCAGAGGGGGUACUCCCUCAGUGCCGGCUCAGACGCCGACUCGGACCCAGAGGGGCCCCUCUCUCCGGAGCGAGCCAUUCAGCUGUGGGCCGGACGUGCAGGUGUGAAAUCUCGCCGCAGCUCAGGCGUGUCCAGCCGUGAGAACUCGGCUCUUACCCUCACCGACUCCGAGAAUGACAACAAGUCUGAUGACGAGUCAGUUUACCUUGAUGAUGACGACAAUGAGGAUCCAUUUGGAGACUAUGUGAUCAGUCGCCCACUCCCUCCAACCUCCUCCUCCACCCUGCUCCCGCCGUCCCUUCCGUCGUCCUCGUCUGCCCCUCACCACCCCUCCCCUGGUCCGUCCCCCCCCAUCAGGGAAUGCCAGGUUCCUCUGCUGGAGAAAAACUCCACCCACUCUCACCUGGAGCCCCACCGAGAUGACUCGUACCUGCUACGGGCUCAGUCCUCCUCCUCGGGAGCCGCUAACCACCACAGUCAGUCCACGCUGCAGCCUCCUCUGCCCCCUCCACACAACCACCACAACCUGUCCCACCAGUCUGCAAACAGCCUAAACAGAAACACCUUGAGAGGGGGACGGAACCCUAUUCACGCCCCGCCCCCGGGCACUGGAGAUGGACCGACCACCCCGGAGUCGGUCCAGCUACAGGACAGCUGGGUGCUUAAUAGCAAUGUCCCACUGGAAACCAGGCAUUUUUUGUUCAAGACGUCAUCAGGGACCACCCCUCUCUUCAGUAGCUCCUCCCCUGGAUACCCGCUGACUUCAGGGACCGUGUACUCUCCGCCCCCUCGCCUGCUGCCGAGGAACACCUUCUCCCGCUCAGCCUUCAAGCUGAAGAAGCCGUCCAAAUACUGCAGCUGGAAAUGUGCGGCGGUGACGGCAAUCGCAGCUGCCGCCCUUCUGGCCAUCUUACUGUCCUACUUCAUCGCGAUCAACUUGCUGGGCCUGACGUGGCAGCUGAAGCCCUCUGACGGCCCUCUGUUAAACAACGGACUGGGAGCCGGUCUGCCUGUCAACAGUGAUGUGGCCACACUGCCCUCUGGAGGCAGAGGUCCAUGGGCAGGGCGGAACACCAGCAUAGACAGCGGUAACAUCGAGGUGGGGAGACGGGUGACCCAGGAUGUCCCUCCCGGAGUGUUCUGGAGAUCCCUCCUCUACCUCAGCCAGCCGCAGUUCCUGAAAUUUAACAUCUCUCUCGGGAAGGAUGCCCUCUUCGGAGUUUACAUUCGCAAAGGCCUGCCCCCCUCACACGCACAGUAUGAUUACAUGGAGCGCCUGGACGGGAAGGAGAAGUGGAGCGUGGUGGAGUCCCCCAGGGAAAGGAGGAGCAUCCAGACGGUGGUUCUGAACGAGGCGGUGUUUGUCCAGUACCUGGACGCCGGGGCCUGGCACCUGGCCUUCUACAAUGACGGCCGGGAGAGGGAAACGGUUUCCUUCAGCACAAACGUCAUGGAUUCGGUGCAAGAGUGCCCGCGCAAUUGCCAUGGCAACGGAGAGUGCAACUCGGGCGUUUGCCACUGCUUCCCCGGAUUCCACGGCAUGGACUGUUCCAAAGCUGCUUGCCCGGUGCUGUGCAGCGGCAAUGGCCAAUACGACAAGGGUUCCUGUGUGUGUUACAGUGGCUGGAAGGGACCCGAGUGCGACAUCCCCGUCACGCAGUGCAUCGACCCUCUUUGCAGCGGCCACGGCACCUGCACCGAUGGAAACUGCGUGUGCUCCAUCGGCUACAAGGGGCCAAACUGUGCGGAGGUGGAUUGCCUGGACCCGACGUGUUCCAACAACGGCAUCUGCGUGAACGGAGAGUGCCACUGUAAGCCCGGUUGGGGAGGGCUCCACUGCGAGCUGCCCAGGGCCCAGUGCCCGGAUCAGUGCCACGGCCACGGCGCCUUCAUCCCAGACACCGGCUUAUGCAGCUGUGACCCCAACUGGAUGGGACCCGACUGCUCCAUGGAGGUUUGCUCGGUGGACUGUGGCACCCAUGGCGUAUGCAUGGGCGGAGCCUGCCGCUGCGAGGAAGGCUGGACCGGGACCGGCUGCGACCAGCGCGUCUGCAACCCGCUCUGCAUCAAACACGGGACCUGCAAGGACGGCAAGUGCCAAUGCCACCAGGGCUGGAACGGAGAGCACUGCACCAUCGACCAUGGGAGCAUGGUUGACAAAGCAGACGGCUGUCCCAACUUAUGUAACGGCAACGGCCAGUGCACCAUGGGUCAGCAGAGCUGGCACUGUGAGUGUCAGACAGGCUGGAGGGGCCCUGGAUGCAGUGUUGCCAUGGAGACGUCCUGUGCUGACAACAAGGACAACGAAGGAGAUGGACUCACAGACUGCAUGGAUCCAGACUGCUGCAUUCAAAGCCCCUGUCAGAACAGCCCGCUGUGCCGUGGCUCCCGAGACCCCCUGCAGGUCAUUCAGCAGAACCUCAUGUCCCAGCCUCGAGUCCGAUCUUUCUACGACCGCGUCAAGAUGCUGGUGGGACGGGACAGCACCCACAUCAUCCCUGGGGAGAACCCAUUCAACUCCAGCUUGGCGUCACUCGUCCGGGGUCAGGUGCUGACCACAGAUGGAACCCCCCUGGUCGGGGUCAACGUGUCUUUUGUCAACUAUCCACACUACGGGUACACGCUGACGCGGCAGGAUGGAAUGUUUGACCUGAUAGCUAACGGCGGUGCAUCUCUGACCCUGCGGUUCGAGCGCGCCCCCUUCCUGAGCCAGGAGCGCACCGUGUGGCUGCCCUGGAGCCAGUUUUAUGCAAUGGACACAGUGGUGCUUAAGACAGAGGAGAACACGAUUCCAGGCUGCGAUCUGAGCGGCUUCGUCCGGCCUGACCCUGUUGUGAUUGCAUCCCCUCUCUCCUCCUUCUUCAGCUCCAAGCCAGGGGAGAAACCCAUCAUACCGGAGACACAGGUGCUGCAUGAGCAGAUCGAGGUGCCUGGCACCAACCUGAAGCUUUGCUACCUAAGCUCCCGCACCCAGGGCUACCGCUCUCUUCUCAAGGUGACCAUGACCCCAGCGGUAGUGCCGAUGGGCCUGCUGAAGGUCCACCUGAUGGUAGCUGUGGAGGGCCACCUCUUCCAGAAGUGGUUCCAUGCCUCCCCGAACUUGGCCUACACCUACAUCUGGGACAAGACGGAUGCGUAUGGACAGAGGGUGUACGGUCUGGCCGAGGCUGUCGUGUCGGUGGGCUAUGAGUACGAGUCGUGUGCAAGCCUGAUCCUCUGGGAGAAGAGGACGACCAUUCUGCAGGGCUAUGAACUGGAUCCCACCAAUCUGGGCGGCUGGUCGCUCGACAAGCACCACAUACUCAACACCCGCAGCGGUAUUCUGCACAAAGGCAGCGGCGAGAACGUCUUUGUGACGGAGCAGCCUCCAGUCAUCACCAGCAUCAUGGGAAAUGGACGCAGGCGCAGCAUCUCCUGCCCGAGCUGCAACGGCCUUGCAGACGGAAACAAGCUGCUGGCGCCGGUCGCCUUGGCGAUGGGCAUUGACGGCAGCCUCUACGUCGGCGACCUCAACUUCGUGCGUCGGGUGUACCCAUCGAUGAACACGACGGGAAUCCUGGAGUUAAGGAACAAGGAUUUCAGGCACAGCAAUAAUCCAACCCAUAAGUACUUCCUUGCGGUGGAUCCUGUAUCCGGGGCCCUGUUCAUCUCAGAUACCAACUCCAGACGGAUUUACAGAGUCCGCUCGCUGACGGGAGGCCGGCUGCUGUCAGAUAACGCUGAGGUGGUGGCGGGGACAGGGGAGCAGUGCUUACCCUUUGACGAACGCUGCGGUGACGGUGGAAAAGCCACUGAAGCUACGCUCAUGAGCCCUAAAGGCAUCGCCGUGGAUAAAAAUGGCCUGAUGUAUUUUGUGGACGCCACUAUGAUUCGCAAGGUGGACCAAAAUGGCAUCAUCUCCACUCUGCUUGGCGCCAACGAUCUCACUGCCGUCCGACCGCUGAGCUGUGACGCCAGCAUGGAUGUCAGCCAGGUCCGUCUGGAGUGGCCCACAGACUUAGCAGUGAACCCCAUGGACAACUCUCUCUAUGUCCUGGAAAACAAUGUCAUUUUACGCAUCACUGAGAACCACCAGGUGAGCAUCAUUGCCGGUCGGCCCAUGCAUUGCCAGGUUCCAGGCAUCGACUACAGCCUCAGUAAGCUGGCUAUACAUGCAGCGCUGGAGAGUGCCACAGCCAUCGCCUUAUCCCACACCGGCACCCUUUACAUCGCUGAAACGGACGAGAAGAAGAUUAAUCGAGUCCGACAGGUGAACACUAAUGGGGAAAUCUCCCUGCUGGCUGGAACCGCCUCUGACUGCGACUGCAAAAAUGACGUCAACUGCAACUGCUUUUACGGCGAUGAUGGCUACGCCCCCGAUGCUGGUUUGAACUCCCCGGCGUCCCUGGCCGUCUCCCCUGAUGGAACUCUCUUCAUCGCAGAUCUCAACAACAUUCGCAUCAGGGCAGUGCAGGCCAACCGGCCGGGUCCAGCCCUCUCCAGCGUGGGGUUUGCUGGUUUGGCGCAGUAUGAGGUGGCAUCUCCAAGGGAGCAGGAGCUCUAUGUAUUCGACGGCGACGGGCUUCACAUCCAGACGGUCAGUCUCGUGACCGGCGAACCUCUUUUCAACUUCACCUACGGCCCUGACGGUGAGCUGGCCAUGCUGGUGGACAACUGCAACAACACCAUCAAGGUCAGGAGGGACGGCCAGGGACAGGGAGGAGGAGCCGGCCUGCUCAGGCUGGUGUUGCUGCCUGAGAAUCAGGUGGUGACUCUCGGAUUGGACCCAACUGGAGGCCUGCGCAGUGUGUCUGCCAUGGGCCAGGAAGUGGCUCUGCUGGGCUAUAGCGGGAACACGGGGCUGCUGGCCACCAAGGCAGAUGAGACUGGAUGGACCACGUUCUAUCAAUAUGACAGCGAGGGCCGCUUGACCAACGUGACGUAUCCGACGGGCAUGGUGACGAGCCUCCACCGGGAAAUCGAGCGCUCCAUCAACAUUGACAUCGAAAGCUCAGGCAGAGACGACGACGUCACCGUCAUCACCAACCUGUCCUCUGUUGAAGCUUCAUACACCGUGGUGCAAGACCAGGUGAGGAACAGCUAUCAGCUGUGCAACAACGGCACCCUGAGAGUGAUGUACGCCAAUGGAAUGGGCAUCAGCUUCCACACCGAGCCCCACAUCCUGGCAGGUUCUGUGAGCCCGACCAUCGGCCGGAGGAACAUCACUCUGCCCACCGACAAUGGCCUCAACUCCAUCGAGUGGCGUCUGCGUAAGGAGCAGACCAAGGGCCGGAUUACCGUGUUUGGGAGGAAGCUCAGGGCUCACGGCCGCAAUCUUCUUUCCAUCGACUUUGAUCGUAACACUCGCACCGAGAAGAUCUACGACGAUCACCGCAAGUUCACCCUGCGCAUCAUGUAUGACGCUCAGGGCCGGCCGGCCAUGUGGCUGCCCAGCAGCAGCCUGGCGGUGGUCAACGUUUCGUAUUCUCCCACCGGGCAGCUGGUGGGGCUUCAAAGGGGAAGCAUGAGCGAGAAAACCGAAUUUGACCCCCAGGGUCGCAUCCUGUCCCGCUCAUUUGUGGACGGGAAGGUCUGGAGCUACAGCUACCUUGAUAAAUCCAUGGUGCUGCUCCUGCAGAGCCAGAGGCAGUACGUCUUUGAGUUUGAUGCCUCAGGUCGGGUCACGGCUGUCACCAUGCCCAGCGUCGCCCGCCACACCAUGUUCACGCACGUGUCCGUCGGCUACAUUCGCAACACCUACAACCCUCCGGAGAGCAACGCCUCCAUCAUCCACGACUUCAGCGAGGAUGGCCGCCCGCAGGCCACGCACUACAUGGGCACCGGCCGCCGCGUCCUCUACAAGUACGGCAAGCUGGCCAAGCUGUCAGAGAUCGUGUACGACAGCACCGUGGUCACGUUCGGAUACGACGAGACGGCCGGGGUCCUCAAGAUGGUCAACCUGCAGAGCGGUGGCUUCUCCUGCACCAUCCGCUAUCGCAAGAUGGGCCCCCUCAUCGACAAGCAGAUCUACCGCUUCAGCGAGGAGGGGAUGGUGAACGCCAGGUUCGACUACACCUACCAUGACAACAGCUUUCGCAUCGCCAGCAUGAAGCCGGUCAUCAGUGAGACACCGCUGCCUGUAGACCUCUACCGCUACGAUGAGAUCUCUGGGAAGGUGGAGCACUUUGGGAAAUUUGGGGUCAUUUAUUAUGACAUUAAUCAAAUCAUCACUACAGCUGUGAUGACACUGAGUAAACAUUUCGACACCCACGGUCGCAUCAAGGAGGUCCAGUACGAGAUUUUCCGCUCCCUCAUGUACUGGAUGACGGUGCAGUAUGACAGCAUGGGCCGGGUGGUGAAGAGAGAGCUGAAGAUCGGGCCCUACGCCAACACUACUCAGUACCGCUAUGACUAUGAUGGAGAUGGACAGCUCAGCGGUGUCAAGGUGAAUGACUGGUCCACCUGGCGCUACAGCUACGACCUGAACGGGAACCUCCACUUGCUAAAUCCGGGUAACAGUGCUCGGAUCUUGCCCCUCCGCUACGAUCUCAGGGACCGCAUCACCCGCCUGGGAGACGUCCAGUACCGCCUGGACGAGGACGGCUUCCUCAGUCAGCGCGGCUCCGACGUUUUCGACUACAAUUCCAAAGGUCAGCUCCUGAGGGCCUAUAACAGGGGACCCGGAGGCUGGAGCGUGGUGUACCACUACGAUGGGUUAGGGCGACGGGUGUCUACCCGGAACAGCCUGGGCCAGCAUCUGCAGUUCUUCUACGCUGACCUGAACCACCCGACUAGGGUGACUCAUAUCUUCAACCACUCCAGCUCAGACAUCUCAUCGCUCUACUAUGACCUGCAGGGUCACUUGUUUGCAAUGGAGGUGAGCAGCGGGGAGGAAUACUACAUCGCUUCGGACAACACCGGGACGCCGCUGGCAGUUUUCAGCAGCAACGGGCAAAUGAUCAAACAGGUCCAGUACACAGCCUAUGGGGAGGUCUACCUGGACUCUAACCCAGAGUUCACGCUGGUGGUGGGUUUCCACGGGGGCCUCUAUGACCCGCUCACCAAACUGGUCCACUUCACCCAACGAGACUAUGACGUAUUGGCUGGGCGCUGGACCUCCCCCGACUACAGCAUGUGGCCCAAGAUCGGGAAAGACCUCUCCCCGUUUAAUCUGUACAUGUUCAAGAACAACAACCCGCUCAGCGACAUGCUGGACGUCAAGAACUACGUCACAGAUGUGAAGAGCUGGCUGGUGAUGUUUGGCUUUCAGCUCAGCAACAUAAUCCCAGGAUUUCCUCGACACUCGUUGUACUUUGUGGAGCCGCCGUACGAGCUUCAGGCCACCCAACACUGUGAAAACGGACAGCUCAUCACAGGUGUGCAGCAGGCAGCUGAGCGCCACAACCAGGCCUUCAUGGCCCUCGAGGGCCGCCUUCUCAACAAAGAGCGUCGCAGACGUAAAGACAAGCCCGGCCACUGGUUCGGCACCAGCACUCCCAUCAUCGGGCGAGGAGUAAUGCUGGCCCUUAAAGAGGGCCGGGUGGUGGCUGGCGUGUCGCCUCUGGCCAGCGACGACAGCCGCAAAAUAGCUCUGGUGCUGAACGGCGCCCAGUACCUGGAGGGCACUCAUUACACUCAGGACGGGAAGGACUGCCACUACUUCGUGAAGGUGGGCUCUGCCGACAGCGACCUUUUGGCCCUGGGGCUCACGAAUGGAAGGAAGUCACUGGAGAGCGGCAUCAACGUGACAGUGAGCGGCCGAUCGAGGAGAGGCGUGACGGUGGAGUUUGCGGUUCCCUCGUUAGUGCUGAGCGUUCGCUACGGCCUCUCUGUGGACGUGGUGGACGAGGAGAAGGUCAGACUGUUGGAGCUGGCCAGGCAGAGGGCGCUGGCGGGGGCUUGGGCUAAGGAGCAGCAGCGCGCACGAGACGGGAAGGGGGGCAGUCGCCUGUGGACUGAAGGGGAGAGGCAGCAGCUUCUAUCGACAGGCCGGGUCCAGGGCUACGACGGAUACUACGUGCUGCCGGUGGAGCAGUACCCAGAACUGGCUGACAGCAGCAACAACGUCCAGUUUCUCCGACAGAACGAGAUGGGCAGGAGGUAACAGCCCACAGGAACCCCGCUGACUCUCCUAACAUCUCUGGAUUGUGUCCCUCUUUCCUAACCCCGCCUCCUUAACUUUACUCCUCUGAAAUCAAGGGAGAAUGAUCCGACAGACGGGGUUUCUCGUGGAACGCUGCAGGGACUUUUCAAAAAGAAUGAAAAACAUAUUGUUCAUUUUACUGCCACAGGCAAAAAAAAUUAAUGUUUAGUCUUUUAUUGUUUUGUUUUUUUCUUUUUUUGGAAAAAAAACUUUGAACAACUGACAAAAAAAAGCACUGAAGAACUCUGACAACUGUUGCUUAACCAAUAAGGAGAUUCCCCCCUUUUUUUGAAAAAGAAAGUGAUAUUUUCGCCCAUAUUUUUUGGGUCACGCAGAAAAACAGCCACGAUAGCAACCCAACAGGACGGAGGCUGCACUGCGCCGGCCUCUGCGGUCUGGUCUCUAAUACAGACACUGAAGGCAAAGGGACCAAAGCGGAGACCAAACCUCCUCAGAGCGGAGCCAUCACCCGACACGCAUCACAAAACAGCGACGUCAACGCGAGCCGUCUCCCCGUCUCUCAGGCCUCCCAUCGUCCGUCCACCAGACCAGUUCCUCCGCUGAUGAGCCAAGCAACAGGACAACGGCAUCCAUGAACAUCCCAGCUGAUGAUGAACUGCAGCAAAUACUCAAAAAUAUAAUAAAUAAAGAAAAAAAAACUACGAAAAGGAAGUAAAAAAAAAAAAAAACGACGGCUAUAUCUGUGGAAAGUGGCAUAGCACCACCUUGUUUAUUUCUCAACGGGGAGGAGAAUCAUAUCCUCAUACAUAUGUGUCAGAUUACACUUAAAACUUUCAGGAUGUUGAGUAUACCGUAGAUGCCGUAGUUUUGUACGUUUCAGUCACGGUAGAAUUGUGAGAUUUUCACCAAGGCACUUCUGUACAGAGCGAACGUAAACAGACACACACACAGCACUCACUGAGUCCGACAGACAUGCUGACUUUCUAUUUAUUUCGUUUGAGUCUUUCUUUUUUUAUUUAUUUAUUCUUAGUACUAAAUGACAAUCAUGAAUGAGUCACCAGUUUUUAUCGAGACGAACAUGGAUGGACGAGCUUCUUUUGUUUUGUACGAUAUGUAAGAAAUGUUCAUUUCGGUUUUUGUAUUUGCUUUUUUUUUUUUUUGGUUUGCUGACGUGGGGGGGGGGGACAAUAGUCAACCGGCAAAAAGAGUCAUUUAUGUAAUGAGGUGUUUUAAAAAGCAGUUUAUACUUUAAAUAAAGUCUUUAAAACUGUGAAAUCUGUUUUUUGGAAGUAUAUUUCGAUGUACAGUGUAUAGAUUUACCUUUAUGCAGCACAGUAGAAUAUUGUUCAGAAUAUCAAGUUUUAUAUUUCUAAGAGGAAGUGGCUUGUAAUGUGCGAAACCUUUAGCUGCUCUUACUACUCUAGAGUUUUGUGGCACUCUGAUACUUCAUUAUCUACGAUAUCCGUCCAAAGUUUGUUUGGAUUUCUUUGGUUUUUGUUGGUUGGUUUGUUGUUUGGAAAGCAGAUUCUUUCUGUCCUAGAUCCCAACAGCAGUAGCAGUAAUGGAUCCCUCUCACUGUGAGGAGACUCGUGCUGGAUGUCAUAAUGUACCAAAUCAGUAUUAUCAGAGGGUGAUUCUUAUACAUUCACUGAAACGAGACUCUUCUGAGAAGCUUAUCAAUAAAACAUAAUUGUUUACUUCAA